AUGAGCGUUAGUCUUUCACCUGAUAAUCGUACUUUCGUAUCGGGCUCGUGCGAUACUUCCGCAAAGCUUUGGGACCUUCGUGAUUGCAAAUGCAAACAAACUUUUCAAGGUCAUGAGGCGGACAUCAACGCAGUCACCUAUUUCCCAAACGGAAUGUCCUUUGUCACCGGCGGCGACGAUGCUACCUGUCGUCUUUUCGACAUUCGCUCCGAUCAACAGGUCGGGAUCUAUACUCAUGAUGGCAUUCUUUGCGGAGUAUCCAGUGUUGCCUUUAGUACAAGCGGCCGCCUUUUAUUCGCUGGGUACGAUGACAGUAAAUGCCUCAUAUGGGAUACACUGAAGCAGGAACAAUGUGGUGUCCUCACAGGCCACAUUAGUCGAGUGUCUUGCCUUGGUGUUACCAAAGAUGGCUUCGCAAUCUGUACCGGUUCCUGGGACUCGUUUCUUCGUAUUUGGAACUGA